AUGAUCCUCGAGCUCAACGAUCCCCAGAUCGUCACCCGGAGCCUGGCGACCAUCGACGACUGCUCUCCGCUUGACCCCCUUCUUGUCUCACCACCACCAUCGCACCGCCUUUCUGCUGUAGCACAUCCAGUCCUCUUCUCCUCGUCCUGCACUCUCAGCCUGUACUCCUCCGAUGACACGAGUCUAGUCUCGGCCGACCAUAAAAGAGCGUGGUCUCGCAUCGUCCAGGAAAACAAAACGCCAGACAAUCGAUCCAGAAGCGGCUAG